AUGCCGGCAACUGUAUGCAUCCAGCCGGCAUGUUCUAGCUCCGAUUUCUGUACGAAGAGACACGGGAGGACCAGUAACAGCACACGGAGGAAUUUAGUCGUCGUGGUUAUUCUGACGGUUGUUCCUAUUGCCGCUCUGGUCGUAUACACGAUUGUUAACUUAACACAGAGCGUGCAGCGACAGAAAGCAAUGUCCACGGUGCAGGAAAGAGUCGAGGUAAGCAUACACGACGCCGGUACUUUUGUACAUCGUUUACAGAUAGAAAGAGGGACGACCGCGUUGUACAUUAGCUCGAAUAGGGGAGAGAUUUUGAAAGUACUACAGGAACAAUACCAUCGGACUGAUGCUGCGAUCGAGCACAUGGCUUACUGGUAUACGCUAACUGUCCAAUUGGAAAACGGAGAGACGGAAGUUUUUCAAACCAAAGAAGGUUUUCAAAGUCACCUGGCCAAUUUUCGCGCAAACCUCGAGCUCAACCCCAAUACUAUCACGCUGGAAGAGACCUUAGAGUUUUAUACGGUGUAUAUCGAGACUAUAAUCAGUUGGCUGAAAGAAGAUUUUAGCAUCUAUAAUGACGGGGCACUUUGGUCUGAUUUAGUGGCCUACGAAACACUAGUGCUGGCCAAGGAACACAUUGGAGUCGAACGUGCUCUUGGGGGGACCUUCUUCGCAAUGGGUGGUUUCUAUGACUACGGAAACCUUCUGUGGUUCAUGGAGAAAAGUAUUGGAGGUAAAAAGUUACUUGAUCGUUCAAGAGCGUACAGCACCCUCUUGGACGAGCUAUACAAUGCAGCAAUAGAUGAAAACUCAGAACUGUUCGAGUUGUUAGCUAGCAUGCGGACGAUCAUAAUGCACAACAAUUUAACCGCCAAUAACCCGUUUUGGCAGGCAGGGAACUGGUGGUUUUUAAACAUGACUCAGUACAUCGAUAUCUUGUUUGAUAUUGAACUUCAAAUUGCGGAGGAUAUCCUAUAUCAAAUGAAUGAAGACAUGCAAAGAAUGACAAACCGCGUGGUUAUUUACUCGUUUCUGUUGAUAACAUUCGCUAUAUCGUGCGUAUGCAUUUUACGCGCAGUUAUCCGCCAAACGGCAAAUAUUGAACAAUUUUCGUUGUCGCUGAUGAACAAAACCAAGGAACUUGAGCAAGAGAAGAAAAAGACAGAUUCGUUAUUGUACCAAAUGUUGCCUGUCACAGUGGCCGAAGAACUGAAACGUUACGGAAAAGCACCAGCCGAAUCAUUCGACGACGUCACCAUAUUUUUUUCUGACGUUGUUGGAUUCACUUCCAUUUGCGCUUCCAGUAAUCCAAUGCAAGUGGUCGAGAUGCUUAACGUCCUCUACGAGUAUAUCGACGUCCGUAUUGAAAGUUGGGAUGUUUACAAAGUUGAAACGAUUGGCGAUGCAUACAUGAUGGUAUCCGGUUUACCCAAACGCAAUGGAAGUCGGCAUUCCAGUGAGAUAGCAGCCAUGGCAUUGCAUAUAAUGGACACCAUCGCAGAAUUCCGCAUACCACAUUUACCGGGCAGAAGAAUUCGUCUCCGAAUUGGAAUUCAUACAGGUUCAUGCGUCGCGGGUGUUAUUGGAUUCAAGAUGCCACGAUAUUGUCUGUUUGGAGAUACUGUGAACACAGCCUCGAGAAUGGAAUCCUCAGGCAAACCUUCGAAAAUUCACAUCAGCAAAGCAACAUACAUGGCACUUUCUAAAUUUGGUGUUUUUUCCAUGAAAAGAAGAGGGGAGGUUGAGAUCAAGGGAAAGGGUAAAAUGCUGACUUAUUGGUUGCAGGGAACAUCUUCAUCUUUACAUGGAAAAGAACGCGAUAACUUCAUGACGUUACCACUCAAUGUGCCCACAGAUAGUAUGCGUACCAGCGUACUGUGA